AUGAAGAUUGGUGCCGUUGAAGGACCAGCGAUUGGUGUUGAUGUUGCCGCUACUGUUACCGUUAUCUCUGCUGCUGCUGCUGACGUUGUUUCUGUUGUUGCCGAUGUUGUCUCUGCUGCUGCCGAUGUUGUCUCUCCUGCUGCAGAUGUUGUCUCUGCUGCUGUCGAAUGUGUCUUUCCCGGAUGGCUCGCCCUGGGCAAUGGCUGCGUAUUGAUGCAGGAGUCCGAUAGUCUCGCCAUGCAGCUCACUAUGUUUCUCGUCCCUUGUGCAGGUUGA